AUGGAUCAAAAUUAUGAUGCAGCUUCCGAGCUUCCUGUUUACCAGGCAUGUCGCGAAGUCCCCUCAAGAACGCGAGAGAAUGAUCGAAAAGGUGUGGAACACGCGCGAAAUGCGCAUGCGUUCACCAAAGAUAAGAGAAUCAAAUCCGAUGCCAAAAAUCCAUCAGCGACUGUCGAGGAAUAUAGAGAAGAUCUGACGGUGCCAUACAAACCCUGCACCUUAGCAUUAGAUCGUAUCUACGAUGAGAGCCGGUGGACAUUGCCAGAGGAUCAUGAGCCUGGUGCAAAGAAGGAGCCCAAGAGUGGUGUCAGAUUCCCCCUGGAUGAGGCUCUUGUCCUGGACUCGAUAGAAGAUCAAACUCACAUCAACAUGGACGAUGCGGACAUACGCCAGCUGGUGGCAGAUUUACAGGACAUUAAAAGCAAAUCUGCGAGUGACAUCACAGAUGUCAAUUCUUUGAGUCUCAAAUAUGAAUACGGAGAUAAGCGAUCGAUAGAGAAGUUUAUUUUACACGGGCGAACUAUUGCGCGCGUCAAAUUUGAGGACGCCGAGGUUGGGGAGAAGAAUUACAAGCAAGUCAUGCGAGGCAAGAAGCUGGAGAAGGAUAUCGACCGUGGUACAAACGGCAAGCAACAAGCCGACUUGAAAAUCGAGAACUACGUUACAGCGCAUAUAUUACUGUGUCUAGGCGGCGAGGUGGGUGCUAGAGCGCAGGACUCUUGGAGAGCAGCUCGGAAUUUCUCACAGCAGCAGCUGGAGCUGAACCCCGGGCUCGAAGAGAUUGUCAUGAAGAAGCUGGACGAAGAGCACGAUCCUGCCUUGAAGGAAAUGCUGGAAGUUUUGAACGAUGUUCACCAGAGGAAAGAGUCCAGCCCCUACCACCAAGCAAUGCGGGACAAGUGGGGAGUAGAUCAUAACUUGUUUGAUCGCAUUGCCCACACUGACAUUGUUAUGGUCCUCGAUAAAAACAACGAGGUAAUCUUCUUACAAUUGUCAGACUCCUUUCAGAAACUCUUGCAGAAACAACUCGAGGACCAAGUCGUCAAAGCCUUUGAGAUCUACUCCACACUCCAUGCUGUGCCAUUUCCUGAUUCAACCAGACACGGCAUUCACUGGUCAGAAUGGCUUCUGAAACGACCGGAGCUAGACUUCCGGAAUUCAGCCAACAUACUACGCAUGGCCAAGUCAGGGCCAUUUCAUAUUGGCUGUGGAAACAUGACAGGGGACACUCAUGGGGAUGUAAAAGGGCCUACCCUAAAAGCAGAUUCGAAGCGUAAUAUCGAAAGGUACCCCCACAUCGUCAAGCAGCAAGAGACUUUGAGGUACGGUGCACUUGGCGCAUGUACCGAGAUUCUCAAAUUGCUCCUCAGCACUGUGGCACCCGAACUUUGCACCGAGUACGAGAAUGUUGCUAGGGAACUUGCCGAGAGGUAUGAAAUGGAGACAGGAACCAACCUUUUUGAAACUCGACGCGAAGGAGGAAUCUUUACAAUGAGAGCUAUCCUUAUAAAUCUUCUCACCACCGACCACAAAGACCAGAACGAUUGGUCGAAUGGAUUCGCUGGCCUUGUGGCUGUGGGGGAUCACGAGGGUGGAGAUCUUCUUCUGCGAGAGCUGGGCUUGCGGAUCGAAGCUCGAUCUGGUGCCGCGCAGUUGAUGCGAGGUCGCGAACUAGCUCAUUCGAUCGACUUCUAUACCGGGAGACGUUUCUGUGUUGUUUGUGUUACACGAGAAGCCAAUAGGAAGUGGGCUGAGAAGCGGAUGCAAUCCAGGGAGCAACCAUCAGCAUCGAGUGAACAGUCACUGGGGUCGAACGAACAGCCAUCUGAAUCACGCGAACAGGCAUCUGGGUCGACUGAGCAGGCAUUAACAGCGAAGAAAAGGAAGAACUCGGACGUUGGUAGCACAGCAAGCAGAGAGGGGGAAAAGAGAUCAAAAAAGCUUUGA